GUUUAGUGACUCCGAUGUCCGAUGUCCGAUCGCGACAGUGUAUUUGUAUUUGUAUCAGGCUGCGUCUCUGAAAGGUUUAUUGUUAUUAUUGCCGCGCGUUUGUUGGUUUUCUGGAUUAGGCGCAAUUAUCGCAAUUAGGCGAUAAUAAUGAGUGACGAUGAUCGAGAUAUUGACAUUGAAAGCGAUGACGGUGAGGAUUCCGAUUCUAGGUUAAGACAUUCCAACAACACACAGUGUUACUCUCAAGCAGAGAAAAGGGCACAUCACAAUGCUUUAGAGCGAAAGCGCCGUGAUCACAUCAAGGACAGUUUCUCAAGUCUCCGGGAUGCUGUACCGGCUCUGCAAGGAGAAAAAGUCGCGAGUAGAGCGCAAAUCCUGAAAAAAGCUGCAGAAUAUAUCCAAUUCAUGCGACGCAAGAACACGUCUCACCAGCAGGACAUCGAUGACUUGAAACGGCAAAAUAAUGUUCUGGAAGCUCAGAUUAUACGAACAGUUCGUACACUGGAGAAGGCAAAGGUCACCGACAACUACGCUUCUGAGACGUGUGAGGUGACCAUCAAAUCCGAACCUGUGGGUAUGGGCACUUACAACGACACCGAGUCGGGGUCCUCCGACAGCGAGAGCGGCCGGGCAAUACGGCAGCCGAAGAAGCUGAAGGUCGCUGGUCUUCAUCAUUAAAAGUUUAUACAUUCUCCUCUUUUUCGAUACUUUUAUUUUCAUAUCGUUCUCUCAUUAUUGUAAGUGAUGUAAACUAUGUGUGUACUAUGUGAUCUUAUGUAGAUAGACAACUAAGAGCAAGCGCGAUUAGAUCUUUUAUCCCGUAGGACAUACUUCUAUAUAUAUAUAAAUAUAUUUGUAAUAUAUAGCGACGAUAGCUCUCCGACGAUGAGAUCAAGAAUAACUUGUUCCAGAGACCAAUACACGUGAACAAGUCGUGUCGAUAUGGCGAUUAUUAUGCAUAAUUAGAUGAAAAUAAAGAAUAUGCUUGUUCGA